AAGGAUUUUUGUAACCUUGGGUCGGAUGAUGGAAUUUGCAUUUUACGAAGAUUUCCCAGGGGCACAGUCAGAGAGCACUCGUGUAGUGUGCAUGAGGCUGUUGAUCCCCAGCCCUGAAAAGAUAAAGGGAGGAAAGGGAUCGUCCUGCUCAGUGUGGACUGCUGCUGAGCAGUGGCUUGGAAAAGCAAGGAAAGGGGAACGGCAGGAAAUGACUGCCUAGAUCCCUCUGGAAGUGAUAAGGUGCUGACUCCAAGCAGUGGCAGGGGAAAUGGAAAGGCAAAGACAGACUGCAGAAGUGUUUGGUAAUGAGAAUAACAAGAUGGGGAUCCCACGGAAUUGUGAGGAUGGAUGCCUUGUUGGAACUGAGUUAGUUGAGGUAAAAGUAGCAGAAUUUCACAAAAGAAUCAAAGAGGCAUUUGAAGUAUUUGACCAUGAGUCGAAUAAUACAGUGGAUGUGAGAGAGAUUGGGACAAUUGUCAGGUCAUUAGGAUGCUGCCCCAGCGAAGGCGAGCUACACAAUCUGCUUGCAGAGGUAGAGGAAGAAGAACCCACUGGAUACAUCAGAUACGAAAAAUUUCUUCCAGUGAUGACCAAAGUACUUCUGGAAGGAAGGUACAGACCAGUUCCAGAUGAUGUCCUUCUUCAGGCUUUUGAGACUUUAGAUUCAGCUAAACGUGGAUUUCUUACAAAGGAAGAAUUGAUCAAAUAUAUGACCGAAGAAGGGAUUGAACUCGGGUCCUCAUGCUUGUGAGGCAGGCGGCGGCACCACUGAGCUAAGUCCCCAGCCCACAGGGUUCGGUCUCCUUGGGUUCAGAAGUUCACUGCUACAGAGACUGAGUCACUAAUCGUUUGAGGCAGGAUCAGAAGUACGAGUAAUUCUGAGGGGGAAGACCAAGACGUCCACAGGCACAACUGGUUUGACCGUUUUCACUUGAUCCACCAUUAGGUAAGAGAACAGGAAACAGGGCUGAGAAUGACAUGGGAGUCGUGGCAGCCACCCAGGAACCCUAGGACAUUGUUAAAAUCAUCUCAGGGAUUAACUGUGGUGGGAAUGUUAUGCCUUUCAAAGCGUUCACCUUUUAAUCAUAAAGACUAAAGAAAGUAAUUAUAUCAGGCAACAUAAAUUUAGUCAAAAUGGCCCAAACAGUUCAAGUUAAUGAAUAUCACAUGCUUACUGUAUGUAGCUCUUAGUGAGCACAGCGGAGGGGCAGUGAUACUGAAAUCUCCUCUCCCAAGGGUGUUACAAUCUUACUGAGAAAACAAAGCUAAUUUAUUCAAUAAAUCACAGUAUAGGAGAGUAGAAAAGUAAAUAUGAGAAGAUCAUUGCAGGGCGGAGCAGCUUGGAAAUCUUAGUUUUGGAAGACCAACAAGAAAUAGGUUGUGGAGAAACUCAACAAGGUAGAAUUUACUUGAGUGAAUCGUCGAGGGCAGGGUAACAUCUUAGGCAUUCCAGUUCCCUCACACAUAGUAGGUCUCACAAAUGAUUGCAGCACAUUAGCUAUGCAUGAAGAAUGAAGGAAUGAAUGAAUGAAGAACGUAUGAGUAGUGGAAGGAAGUGUGGGUAACGUGGGCUGGGAGAGGGAAACACAGAUGGGUAAAACAGCGAGGACAAAGUGGGAGGUGGGGAUGCACAUGGCCCUGCGGGUGUGGUCGGCCAGAGUAGGAAAUUAACUGAGAUAGACUUCCUGGGACUAAGGUGUGGGGGCCUGGCUCAUCCUGUGGGCAGUGGAGUAUUACAGGGCUUUAGGAGGUGAGUCACGCGGUGAGGGUGAUCGAGGGAAAGUUAGUCUGGUGCCUGUAGCUUUGUUAGGUGGAAAGAGGUUGGGCCAGGGAGACCAGUUGGAAGGCUGGCUCAGCAUUCUGAAGGUUGCCCUAACGAGGGCCUGGCCUGGCAGUGGGAACGGAUUCUCUGCAGCAGGAUCCCUGGGUCAUGAUGAACUACAGAGGGCAGGGGACAAUGCAGGGAGCAGAGUGAAAAAUAACAGCAAGGCUUUGACCUGGAUGGGGGUGUCACGGUAAUGCCAGUGGCUGAAACAGGGAACCGAGAGGAGACAGUGCUGCUUACAGAGACAAAGCACAGUGUCACGGUGUGGUGUACUUGGAGGUGCCAUGUGAUUCAGAAAGUUCCAAAAGGUAAAUUUGCAGAAUCAGUUGUACUUAAGGGUCAACUAUUGGUUGUUUCAGCAGACUGAGCAUAGAAAAAUUGAUUUCAAAUACGUGACUUUGGUU